ACCACGAAUCACCACAACACAUAAUCCAAGACCGUAACACUACCACAGUAUCACACCGAGUUGCACCCGCGACCCGCAACUCACCUCAUCAGUUAUCAACACAUUUUUCGUAAUUUUUCGGCGUUCUUCCCCCUAUCAAACCCAUACCCAUUAAUUUGUAAUUAGUAUUAUUAAUUUAUAUUUACAUAAUGCCUAGGUAAUUACCAUUAAUUAUUCAACUCCUACGACAACGACCACACUAUUCCGAUUUCCGACCGACGGCGGCGUGUCGUACUGUCGUCACUCGACGUUUAGCGUUCACACAUUAUCCUACUUUCACCGCACCGGACGGUUGGUGGCGGAUAUCGUUGUUGAUUACAAGGCAACACGUCAUAAUACCAUUAUACUAGCGUUUCGCAGUAUUUGAAGAUAAUAAUAUCAGCGUUCCUCGUUCGGCGCUCGCCAAUUCUACAGUUUCCAGAACAAGCGUCUGGUUUCCACACACGGUUUACUCCGCACAUUUGGGACUGCACGGCGUGCCAACAUGUCUAUAGCCGAAUUCUUGGAUGGCAUGCCAUCCUUUGACGAACGCAAUUUUUCCCGUUUCUGUCCAGACAAUGGUCGAAGCAAGCGUGCACCAGUUUACAUAACAACCGAUGACCAACCUUCCAACCAAAUUUCAAAUAUUGUUAAUGAUGAGACAAAUAUUUUACAACAAAUGGAUAAAAAGUAUGGAGGUAUAAAAAGGGAAUUGGUUGAAACGAGCAAAGAAUCUGGCUCAUCAUCUAGAAAGCGUCCAAGAGCAGACGAAGGUACAUAUCAUAUAUUGGAAAACUUUUUGCAAUAAAAUAAUUCCAAUGCAUAUAAGUUCUCUAAUGUUUUUGGACUAAAAUUCCUGAUUUGAUUGUUUUUAAGAGAAAUUUGCUGAUUUCUAUUUAUUUUGACAUGUAAUUUAUGUUUAUUAUAUCUUGGGGACCAGGUGUGGACUCCUAGUCAAAAGUCUAAAAGUACCACACAAAAAAUUAUACUUUCGUCUUUGGCUCAUACAAUAUUAUGAUUGCUUAUUUUAAUUUAUAUACUCAAUAUUAAUGUAAU